AUAUUAUCAUGCUUGAUAUAGUCCACUUAAAAAGAUAAGUUUAGUCAAUGUUUUUGAUGUGGCUAAAACUUGUUCAGCCCAUGUAUCAGGCCCAAGCUACAUCGAAGGCUCUAACUGAAGCCCACCGUUUGAGAGACAGACCUAAUGUAAGGGUUUUGCUUGACCUUCAUUAAUGGGCCUUAGCCCAAAAGGGGGAUGUGUGCAAGUUGAGAAGACACCCUGGAGGACCCACCGCCCACCUGAGUGAAUGCUGGCUACCCACAUUCAGAUUCUCAUUGGUAGCGACGCUACAAUUGUCUCAUAACCUGAUGGAACAUUUGAUCUCACUUAACUUCCACUUCCACUCCCCACGAGCGGUUGAAUAAACCAGCAAUUACAGUUCCCUCUUCAAAACUCAUCUUUUUUUUGGAGACAUUGCUGUGGUGAUUUUCACUUUCCCAUAAGAUGAUGCUGCUUGUUUUCCAUAUUUUUCGAUUGCCCUCUACCUGUUUGAUAAAAGUCUUAGAAGAAGAUGAACUCUUUCUUGACCUCGAAUUGAAUCUGUAUCAACUCUAAUCUAGUAUCCAAUGGAGUGCUCUCCUUUAUUGCUUUAGUUUUUAUUAAUUAUCACAAAGUUUACGACUGAAAAGAUUGCAACUUUUUGGUGCCAGUAUGAGAUAUUGUUGGGAAAGGCAAAAGGCAGUAAUGGGCACGAAACCUUUGUUUAAAUGGUCAAAACAAAUCAGGCCUGCUCAAGUCGAGCAGCUGAUACGCGCAGAAAAGGACGUAAAAAAAGCAUUACUCAUAUUUGACUCUGCCACAGCAGAAUAUGGUAAUGGUUUUAGGCAUGAUCAUAACACAUUCCGUGUCAUGAUUUCUAAGUUGCUGUCUUCUAACCAAUUUAGACCAGCAGAGGAGAUGCUUAGUAGAAUGAAAGAGGAAAAAUGUAGUAUCCCCGAAGAUGUAUUCCUUUCUUUUUGUAGAGCCUAUGGUAGAGUUCACAGGCCAUUAGAUGCUAUCAGGGUUUUCCAUAAAAUGAAUGACUUUGAAUGCAAACCCACCCAGAAGUCUUAUAUCACUGUAUUUGCUAUUCUAGUUGAAGAGAACCAGUUAAAGGUUGCAAUGAGGUUUUAUCGGUAUAUGAAGGAAAUGGGUAUUUCACCUACUGUUGUAUCUCUUAAUAUACUGAUCAAAGCCCUUUGUAAGAAUAGUGGAACCAUUGAUGCUGCUUUUAGGAUAUUUCGCGAAAUGCCUAAUCACGGGUGUAAUCCAGAUUCAUAUACAUUUGGCACAUUGAUCAAUGGUUUGUGUCGAUCGGGGAAGACCAAUGAAGCGAAGGAGUUAUUUAAAGAGAUGAAACUAAAAGGUUGUUUGCCAUCUGUUGUUACAUACACUUCUUUGAUACAUGGUUUGUGUCAGUCUAAGAAUAUAGAUGAAGCUAUGGGAUUGCUUGAAGAUAUGACGACUGAAGGCAUUCAGCCAAAUGUGUUUACGUAUAGUUCUUUAAUGGAUGGUCUUUGCAAAAAUGGGCGUUCUUCACAAGCAUUGAAGCUGCUGGUGAUGAUGGUUGGUAAACUGCAUAAGCCUAAUAUGAUAACUUAUAGUACAUUAAUUAAUGGUCUCUGUAAAGAAGGGAAACUUCCUGAAGCUGUGGAGAUGCUUGACCGGAUGAAACUUCAGGGCAUAAAACCAGAUGCAGGGCUAUAUGGGAAGAUCAUAAGUGGAUUUUGUGAAAUUCGCAAGUUUCAGAUAGCUGCAAACUUCCUUGAUGAGAUGCUAAUUCUGGGUAUUUCUCUGAACAGAUUAACAUGGAGCCUUCAUGUUAGGAUUAAUAAUAUAGUUGUUCAAGGACUUUGUACUGAUAAUGAUAGAAAUCGAGCCUUUCAGUUGUAUUUAAGUAUGCGAACUCGAGGCAUAUCAGUUGAAGCCGAGACAUUUGAUUCUCUGGUAAAAUGUUUCUGCAAUAACGGAGACCUGAACAAAACUUCUCGCAUUGUUGACGAGAUGGUUCUGGAUGGAUGUGUUCCUGACAGGGAAACAUGGAAUGUUGUGCUGUGUGGACUCUGGGAUCGCAGAAAGGUGCGUGAAGCUUCUGAGUUGUUAGCAAUUGAGCUUAUGAAUGAAUUGGUGUAGCAUGCCUUUAACUUGCAUAAUACCACGCAUGCUUUUAUUUGAAAGCACAGCGUUCUGUUUCUACACGCUCAACAUUAUACAAUUUAUUACAAUAGAAUGGAAUAUGACGUCGAAUAAAAAGAAUCAACUCGUAUUCUUUGUCC